CGCGCGCGGAUGGGGUGCGGCGGUGAGUGCGCGCAGCCGGCGGCGUGAUGUGAGGCACCUGCGCCCACCAUGAGCAGCGCCAGCCGGCCGUUCCGCCGCACCACCUCCUAUAUGCUCUACGGCAGGAAGACCUCGUGCACUUACUGCAAACGGGACGCGAAGAGACACACUUGGAAGUACAGAAGCACGAUUUGGGAGCAGAAGGCUGACGGGCCGCUGACGCACACCAACUUUGACGGCGAGGAUGAGGCUGUGCCGACGGCGCCACCCCUGGACGUGCUGGACUCGGUGCCCGGCUACGAGGCGCUCGGGUUCGAUGCCGGUAUCACAUGGAAUAUACGAGUGUGCGUGCCGCCGCCGCCGCCGGAGGCGACAUGGGCUGAGCCGAGCACCGCGCCGCCACGCGACCCCGUGCACGUGGGCGCCGAGAUCAGCGAGCAGCAGGCGCGCGCCGCCCUCCUCUGUCACGUGACCGACCACUGCUGCUACGGCCGGGCGGCCGCCCGCCACAUGAGCAUGACCAAAAUCAACUACACCUCCGCCCACCACUACGAGCUGCAGACGUUCACGGAGAAGCGGGAGACGUCGUGGACGUUCGUGCCUUACUCUGGCGGGGAGGUGGACGGCCCGGGCAGCGGAGUGGCGCCCGAGCCGUGGAGCGUGCCCGCCGAGCCAGGCCAGUUGUUCCAUGACGAGGUGAAGGUGGUGGAGGUUCCGCACACGGCCUCGGCCAAGGACUGUCACCGCUGCAAGGGCCAGGGCAGUCUGAGCUGCGCCGAGUGCCACGGCAAAGGAUGGACGCGAUGCCUCAGUUGCCAUGGCAACGGCUGGAGCGCAGACAGCUCUGGGUACCGGGAGCGGUGCUACUACUGCCAGGCCUCGGCCUACGGGGACGGAAAACAGGACUGCCUCAAGUGUAACGCCAAGGGUCGGGUGGCGUGUCCGCCCUGUGACAGCUACGGCCAAGUGCGGUGCUACAUCCGGCUCACCAUCUCCUGGAAGGUGAACACAUCAGAGCACAUCGUGCAGCGCAGCUCACUGCCGGAGGAGCUGAUACGCGAGGUCAGCGGCCAGGUGGCCGUAGAGGAGGAGGCGCCGGCGGUGGCGCCACUGUCGCACUACCCGGACGCCGCCAUCAACAUGGCCUCCGCCCAGCUGAUGCUGGAGCAUGCCGACAAGUUCAGCGAACAGCGGGUGCUGGCGCAGCGUCACCAGGUGCGCGUGGUGCCGGUGGCCGAGGUAUGCUACUCGCACAAGUCCCGCUCAGGCCGCUUCUGGGUCUACGGCUACGAGAACCGCGUGUACGCGCCCGACUACCCCGACAAGUACUGCUGGGGCUGCUGCUCCAUCCUGUGACGUCACGCGAGCCCCAUCGACCCCGUGACGUCACCGGCACUAUUCCGCGACCCGGAGGUCGCUCAUUGACUGGGACUGGAGCUGGGCGCGGUGCGCUGGCGUGAACACCUUGUGUUAGCCGCUGCACCGGCUAGGGUCCGGCAAGACCCUGCCGAAGAACCCACAGCUUACCGGCACUAUUCGACGAUAGCCCCUGUGACGUCAUCACAGUAGCUGCGGAGCAGACGUCUCCCAGAAGAACAUUUGAACGUGUCAUGUGGUGCUUGAUCCUGGGUCGGUGUGCAUUCAUCUCGCACUGACGCUUGUGUUGUCGAGGCGAGGGGCCUUUACUGCUGCCUUUCAGUGUCGACUGUCCAUGCUUGGUGAGCCUAGUUUGUCGUACUAAACAGUAUUAUUCGGGUGCGGUAACUUUUUGCACUCUGCGUCACCUUUGCGUCUAGGUAAAGACAAUCUCAGCGUGGGAAACGCUCAUUGAUGGCGUUUUCUGGAUAAUUACUUCAUUCAUACCUAGUUUGUGCUUAUCCAUCCACUUUGAUCUGUGUCUGUUCAUACCCUUGUUGAGUCAGCUUGUGACCUGGCGUAUUUGUGAAGGGGCUCAAUAGGCACAACGCACCGAGCAUUUCAUACCUCUUGUCAAAUGUACUGUUGUGUCUGUCUUUCUCACCACUACCGUCAGACAAAAGCUUCUUGUUACGUUAUGAUAUCCGUCACGAUGCAAGUUCGCUUUAGCUCGGCAUCGCACUCAUUUAGCAUAUCGGCACUAUGAGCGAAUUCAGUUGUUACAGCUACUUACAGGACUUCUUAGACAUCUGUCCCGAAGUAAUAUCUACCUGCACCGCUUAGCAUUCGUCGGUGUUUGUGCGCUAACUUUCCCUCCAUCACUGAGCCGUUUCCCACCGUUUAUCCAACUCAGCAGAGCUUUAUUCGGCGUCGGUUCUUGCAUCUGCACCGUUACCUCAUUCGUUAACUCUACCUCUAUGUGAUAUUAUUUAUAUGUUCAAACAUGAAAGUGCCUGCACGUUCCGACGAUCUGCCUUCAAAGCCGCCGCCACACUGUCGGCGCAAGACCGAUGUUCUCACGUGAGUCAUCCAGGCUUGUGUUGGCCUCCGGCUGAGUGUCUCUUCCCCGGGGAUUGAGCAAAUUACUUUGAGCCGCAGCUGAUUCCGCUCCUUCAAAAAUGUCAGCUGUAGUUGAGUCAUCGGCGUUGGCUGGAAUGGAUGGCGAAUCCAUUCAAGUAUAAACAUAAAUGGCAACGAAUAUUCGUAGUUUGACAUGCUUUUAUUUGCAACAAAUGAAGCGCUACGUCGCCUUCGCUGCGCAAUCGCUCCCUUAUCAUGCAAAUAUGUGUUUUAUGCAUGCUUCUACGACGUUCAUGAAACGCCUUGCCUUCGCUCGCGGUCACCAAAACCGGAGCCAGCUCAACAGUUCAUCGUUCUGCUCGGAGGAGGAGUCAAAAUCAGCCGCAUGCAUGGAGUCGGAGUCAGACUCGAUUCCGCUGCAGAGAAAUCAAGCACAAGCCUGGAUUAUUGUCUGAUACCGGUACAAACUAUUGGCACAAUACAUUCUCAGCACAGA